AUGUAUGCCAUUGUUCGUCAUCUACCUUUGAGCUUUGCCAGUUGCGUUACUUCGGUGGACAACAACGACAAUCCCAUCAACAUUGAGCUGGCUCAAAAGCAGCAUGAUGACUAUGUCAAUGUGAUUAAAGAGCAUGUCAAGCAAGUUAUUGAGGUACCUGCUGAUGAAGCUCAUCCUGAUUGUUGCUUUGUGGAAGACAAUGCUAUUGUUGUCGAGGACAAGGCCAUCAUCAAUUAUCUCGGUGCAGAAUCCCGUCGUAAGGAAGUCUCUGGCGUCGAAAAUGCAUUAAAGGAGGUUCCUGUCAUUAAAGACAUUGUUCAUAUGCAUGAUAUUGAUCCAGAGGCUACUUUGGAUGGUGGAGAUGUGCUAUACACGGGCAAGCAUCUUUUGAUUGGACUUUCACAUCGCACAAACCAACGUGGUGCUGAUGUGCUAGCCAAAGUGUUUUCAGAAAAAUGCCCUGUCUACACUAUAAAGAGCCUGUUGAGUCAUGAUUCUUUGCACUUUAAGUGUAUUGUUAGCAUGUUGGACGAUCAUACCUUAUUAAUUACGGAUCACAAGGCUGGUCAUGAUGUACAAGAAGAGAUCCAGCAAUUCACAAACAACCAUUACGAGUUUAUUCGUGUACCAGAGCAAGUUCCCUCCAACAUUCUCAGUUUGGAUGGUGGUAAAUUCAUCAUCUAUCAGCAGGAUUUUCCUGAAUCCGAAAAGGUCCUUCUCGAAGAAUUGCACAAAAAACGUGGUGUGCAAGUCAAAUCACUGUGUAUGAGUGAAUUGAUCAAAGCAGAUGGAGCAUUGACAUGUUGCUCGAUUUUGAUCCCAAGCAAAUAA